AGUCUGCGGCGGGCAGCCGAGGAGUCGCGUCGUGCCUGAGAGCGCAGCUGUGCUCCUGGGCCCUUCGUGGUCCGCCCCCGCGGCUCCUGGACAGACUGCCCCUAGGACCUCCUGCUCCAAGCCGCCACCAUGAACUACCUGCGGCGCCGCCUGUCGGACAGCAACUUCAUGGCCAAUCUGCCGAAUGGGUACAUGACAGACCUGCAGCGCCCGCAGCCGCCCCCGCCGCCGCCCUCUGCCGCGAGCCCCGGAGCCACACCCGGUUCCACCACCGCCACUGCCGAGAGGGCCUCCACGGCCGCUCCAGUGGCCUCUCCGGCCGCCCCUAGUCCCGGGUCCUCAGGGGGCGGUGGCUUCUUUUCGUCGCUGUCCAACGCGGUCAAACAAACCACAGCAGCCGCGGCCGCCACCUUCAGCGAGCAGGUGGGCGGCGGCUCUGGGGGCGCAGGCCGCGGGGGCGCCGCCGCCAGGGUGCUGCUGGUCAUCGACGAGCCGCACACCGACUGGGCAAAAUACUUCAAAGGGAAGAAGAUCCAUGGAGAAAUUGACAUUAAAGUAGAACAGGCUGAAUUCUCUGAUCUCAAUCUCGUGGCUCAUGCCAAUGGUGGAUUCUCUGUGGAUAUGGAAGUUCUAAGGAAUGGGGUCAAGGUUGUACGGUCUUUGAAACCUGACUUUGUGCUGAUCCGCCAGCAUGCCUUCAGCAUGGCACGCAAUGGAGACUACCGCAGUUUGGUCAUCGGGCUGCAGUAUGCUGGAAUCCCCAGUGUCAACUCUUUGCAUUCUGUCUACAACUUCUGUGACAAGCCUUGGGUGUUUGCCCAGAUGGUUCGACUGCACAAGAAACUGGGGACAGAGGAAUUCCCUUUGAUUGAUCAGACCUUCUAUCCCAAUCACAAAGAGAUGCUCAGCAGCACAACGUACCCUGUGGUUGUAAAGAUGGGGCAUGCCCACUCUGGGAUGGGCAAGGUCAAGGUGGAUAACCAGCAUGACUUCCAGGAUAUUGCAAGUGUUGUGGCACUGACCAAGACAUACGCCACUGCCGAGCCCUUCAUUGAUGCCAAAUAUGAUGUGCGUGUCCAGAAGAUUGGGCAGAACUACAAGGCCUACAUGAGGACAUCAGUGUCAGGGAACUGGAAGACCAACACAGGCUCUGCGAUGCUUGAACAGAUUGCCAUGUCAGACAGGUACAAGCUGUGGGUGGACACAUGCUCGGAGAUUUUUGGGGGACUGGACAUCUGUGCAGUGGAAGCGCUGCAUGGCAAGGACGGAAGGGACCACAUCAUUGAGGUCGUAGGUUCCUCCAUGCCACUCAUUGGUGACCACCAGGAUGAAGACAAGCAGCUCAUCGUGGAGCUUGUGGUCAACAAGAUGGCCCAGGCACUACCCCGGCAGCGGCAAAGGGAUGCUUCCCCUGGCAGGGGCUCCCACAGCCAGACUCAGUCCCCGGGGGCCCUGCCCUUGGGCCGCCAGACCUCCCAGCAGCCCACUGGGCCUCCAGCUCAGCAACGACCCCCGCCCCAGGGCGGCCCUCCACAGCCAGGCCCGGGCCCCCAACGCCAGGGACCCCCGCUGCAGCAGCGCCCACCCCCGCAGGGCCAGCAGCACCUCACCGGCCUUGGACCCCCAGCUGGCAGCCCUCUGCCCCAGCGCCUACCCAGUCCCACCUCAGCGCCCCAGCAGCCUGCGUCGCAGGCCGCACCAAUGACCCAGGGGCAAGGCCGCCAAUCCCGUCCAGUGGCAGGAGGCCCUGGGGCGCCUCCUGCAGCCCGGCCGCCUGCCUCCCCGUCGCCCCAGCGCCAGGCAGGCCCUCCACAGGCUACCCGUCAGACAUCGGUCUCUGGCCCGGCUCCACCAAAAGCCGCAGGGGCCCCACCAGCUGGGCAGCAGCGUCAGGGUCCUCCCCAGAAACCCCCAGGCCCCGCGGGCCCCACACGCCAGGCUAGCCAGGCAGGUCCCGGACCUCGCACCGGGCCACCCACCACGCAGCAGCCCCGGCCCAGUGGCCCAGGUCCCGCUGGACGUCCUGCAAAGCCACAGCUGGCCCAGAAACCGAGCCAGGACGUGCCGCCACCUGCCACCACCGCUGCCGGGGGUCCCCCGCACCCCCAGCUCAACAAAUCCCAGUCUCUGACCAAUGCCUUCAACCUUCCAGAGCCAGCCCCGCCCAGGCCCAGCCUUAGCCAGGACGAGGUGAAAGCUGAGACCAUCCGCAGCCUGAGGAAGUCUUUCGCCAGCCUCUUCUCCGACUGACACCCCACCCUGAGAACCCCUAAGUCCCUAGGCAACCCUUUCUGGGCCCUGAAUCCAUUUGUCGGGGAUCUUCAAAUCCCUUGAGAACCCUUCUCCUGGUUCUCCAUCAUCCCACUUCUCAUUCCUCAAGAUGCCCAAGUCCCUUGAGAAACCCGGUCCUAAAUCCAGGUCUCACAUUUGGGAUCCCCAAAUCCUUUAGAGCCCUGUUCCUGGUCACCUCAAGAUAUACUGUUUUAGACCCUGAAAAUUCCUGAACACCUUUAUUCCUGGUAGCCCAAAAGAGUACUUCCUUCCUGGAAGCUCUCAAGUACCAGGCAACCUGUUUCUGGCCAUAACAACAUUGAAUCCCCUCCUGGAGCCCUGAAAUUCCUGGAAAAACCCUACUCCUUGUCCUGAAUCUCUCCAACACACCCUGUUCCUAGUCAAGAAAUUCAAAUGCCACAAAAAAACCCUACCUUUUAGCCACUUGCCAUGUGAACUCCAUCUCUAGAGCUCACAUUCUCACAUGCCAUCCACCACCCAGCUCUAUAAGGAUUUCCCUUCGCUGUUCCCCUCAAUUCCACUUGGGAGUUCCUCCUACUUCUAGGACCCCUCAGUUCCCCCAGGGAUCCCUCCCCAGUUUCCUGCCUCUGACAGCUGUCUAAAUAUGCAAAUUCCACCCAUCCUCCCAGAAUCCUUUGCACAGGGAAGGCCAGUGGUCUCCCACUUCCCCACCUUUGCAGUGAUGUCUGUGUCUGUGACUGAUGUGGCCUCCUCUCGUGCCGUGCUUGGCAUAUGUGGUCCUCAUUCAUUGUGCUGCCUGUGGUGAUGCGUGCAGUGGCGCUGUUUGUGUGGUCUGCACCUCCCCUCAACCUCUACUCCUUGCCUGGAUUCCCCCACCCCUCAGCGGCUCUCAAACCCAAGAGAAGAGUCGGGAAGCAAAAUAAACAAGCAAAGGCCCAGCAGAA